UGGAAAGUAUCUGAUGCAUUUUAGAAUGCAGAUUUUGUCACAUUUAACCCUAAGUUUUCAACCAUUGUUGCUUGAUAAUCACAUUAAGGAUUACUUGAAAUUUAGCAACGUGUGAUCCUCAAAAUCAACCUGUAGCAUAUAGUUUGGAUCUAGUUCUAAAAUAGGAUUUUUGGACAAAUCGCCAGACUACAAAUUGGAUUUAGGCAUGAUGGGAAUUAGGACCAAGUGUUGAUGUAAUCUUCAUGAACAUGAAAUAAUUUGUUUUUCUAUUUGUUUUUUCCUAAAGGUGAGACCACUACUCCUCGGGCCAUUUUGACGGGCCACGACUAUGAGAUCACAUGUGCUGCAGUUUGUGCUGAACUAGGCCUGGUGUUAAGCGGUUCUCAAGAAGGACCAUGUCUCAUACAUUCCAUGAAUGGAGACCUGUUAAGAACCUUGGAAGGUCCUGAAAACUGCCUGAAACCAAAACUCAUCCAGGCUUCAAGAGAGGGUCAUUGUGUUAUAUUCUAUGAAAAUGGCUUGUUCUGUACAUUCAGUGUGAAUGGAAAACUUCAGGCCACUAUGGAAACAGAUGAUAACAUCCGGGCCAUCCAGCUGAGUCGGGACGGGCAGUACCUGCUCACAGGAGGAGACAACGGUGUGGUCAUGGUCUGGCAGGUAUCGGACCUCAAGCAGCUCUUUGCCUAUCCUGGCUGUGAUGCUGGAAUCCGGGCCAUGGCCCUGUCUUACGACCAGAGGUGCAUCAUUUCUGGCAUGGCUUCAGGAAGCAUUGUUCUGUUUUACAACGACUUUAACCGGUGGCAUCAUGAAUACCAAACGCGUUACUGAUGAGGAUGGCCAGGCAGGGGAAGUACCCCGGUUUUCUUACAAAUAGCUAUCAGAUCUGAAUGUAACUUAAAUUUGCUCAAAAAACAAAAUAUUUUUAAAAAUUAAUUGCUAUUUUUGUAGAUUUUGCUUGACUUUUUGGGGGGUGGGGGAUAGCAAAGCAGAAAACUGGCUGCUGGUUUCUGUAGUUUAAGAAAAAUCUAUAUUUUUAGUCAUAAUGAGAAGUCUAUUUUCACCAGUUAUGGAAAUAUAUAGUGGAGCAAGUAAACCCACUUAUUCUAGCUACAUUAUGAAAAAACAUUUCCCAUUUAUGUACAAUCUAUCUUGAGAAAUAUGAUUUUAAUAGGGAAAUGGGUUAGAAUACUAGGAUAGGGGAAUUUUAUGCUGUACUUUGGGUCUUGUAUGUUUCCAAACAGUUGUGCUUCUUCAGCACUGAAAUUUCUGGGAUUUAAAUAGUAAUGUUUAAAUUAUGGUAAAUGUAAUUUAAAACAUCUCAAUGAAUUAUUUCUGUCGAUAUUCUUCUUCAAGCAUGUUUUAGACCUAGAAAAUUAUGGUUUGGGGAAGGCUAUUUUAUUGUGUGGUUAACAUAAAGGAUGUAGGUUAUAGCAAGUGUGAAAUAUUUACCAUUUUUUCCUGAUCUGUCCUCUUCAUAGCACAACAAAAUGAAAUGAUGGAAAUGCUCCUGGGCUUACCACCUUUUGUUUUUCUUUUAAAGUAAAUGCAAGUACCAAAGCCCACCCCCUGGGGUUUGACUGUGUCCAUGCAAUGGAGCUGAGCCAUUGUCAGGGCAUCCCCCGACCCUGGGUUUGAGAACUAAGGCUACCAGGUGCUGUAUUAAGCAAUUU